AUGAAUGGCAUUCACACCCCUCAGGUCACCCUCAGCACUGCCUGGCCUGAGACCGCCAAGAACAACUACUCUGUAGAAUUGCACCGCUUCCUCAGCAAAGUUACAGACAGCAGAUUUAAACUGCUGGGCAGCACUGUGCUGUACGUCCCUCUGGAGGCUCUGCAGCACCGCCCAGAGGAGGCCGUCACGAACAAGAGUCUGGUGCAAAGGCUGGAGAUGGUGAUGAUCCACUGGACACGUCAAAUAAAAGCAGUGCUGAGCGCUCAACCCGUGAGUGACAUAGGAGACACCUCGGGCCUCCUGGAGGAGAUCUCUUUCUGGAAGAGCCGCUGUGCUGAUCUGGACAGCAUUAGUAAGCAGCUGCAGAAACCUGGAGUCUGUCAUAUACAGGCGAUUCUGCAGCUCUACACAUCAACCUACAUCCCACCCUUCUGUAAACUAGCCAAGCAGAUCCAGGAUAGUACUUUGCAGGCUCAGUCAAACGUCUCCUUCCUGUCCCUACUGAAAGAGCCAUGUGAGGAGCUUGCUCAGCUUAAACCUCGUGAGAUUGCACCCAAACUCGCUCACAUCCUUAACCUCAUCCGUGUGAUAUGGGUCAACUCCAGCUACUACAACACCCGUGACAGGAUCACAGCUCUAUUAUGCAAG